CUGAGUGUAGAGAAAUAUUUUUGUUUAUUUUGUCAAACGUCUUGCCAACCAGGUUUUCAGGUCAUAAUCGUACUUGCUGGUAUCAUCGGAUUUGCCAUUGGUUUUGCAACACAACAAUUAUCGCAUGCUAUUUACACCGUUCUUGCUGGAGCUGCAUUGUCUGCCUUAAUAAUUCUUCCUCCCUGGCCAUUCCUCUUUCGUAAAAAUCCCAUAGCUGUGAGUCGAAAUAUCCCUGCAGUAGAAGGCGUCUGA